AGUGCUUAUAUAGACUAUAUUGUUAAUAUAAAACACAACACUGAAUCCUCUUUGAUUGGAGAAGUUUGGGGGUGUAUCUACUACAAUAUUGACAAACUUUAAACCAAAUUAUACAUAUUGCAUUAUAUAUACUGCUUUGAGACAGCUUCCCUUAUCUGACUAUUCUUUCUCUUCUUCUUUUUUCCAAUUGUUUAAUUUAUUUUAUAUUAAAUAUUGGUACGUUUAUGCUGUUCAUGAUUAUAAAACUAUUCAUGUUUAGCCAUGCAAUGCGUUGUCAGAAACCAAUUGAGCUUACUAUAAAAGGAAGAGAGGCAAAACAAGAUUUGUGUGUCAGUACAACCCCCAAACAAAAAAGAGAGAAAAUUGUUUUCUCAUAUCAAGAGAGAGAUGGAAAAAGAUGUGUCUAGUCUUCUUUCUCCAACAUGGGAUGGAGAUAAUGAAUUCUCUACGAAGUCCUGUGCUGAGAAGAAGCUCAGAUUGUUCGGAUUUGAGCUCGACCCUAGUAGGAAUGGUGAGACAUGCCUCAAGGGGUGUGUGGAAGGUGAUGAAAGCGUGAAUUCAUCAACCACGGUUUCGCCCGGAAGGGAGAAGCCUCUGAUCAAGGAGAAGAGCAGCUUGACAGGUGAGGCCCCGGAGGAAAAGAAGUUCGUGUGCCAAUACUGUUUCAAGGAGUUCGCGAACUCACAGGCGUUGGGAGGUCACCAGAAUGCUCACAAGAAGGAGAGGAUGAAGAAGAAAAGGUUGCAGCUUCAAGCAAGGAAGGCCAGCAUCAACUACUACCUCCAGCCUUUCCAAACUAACCAUAGUGUCAAUUACCAUGGCUCAACUACUACUCCAUUGUUUUACAAUUAUAACCCCUCCUACUAUACUCCUGACGGCCAAUUCACACUCUAUGAUGAGUCUCAAAUUAGUUUCAGCUCGUCUGAUCAAGAAAUCCCUAUAAACGGGUCCCAGAUAUCCCAAAUAUCAAACUGUUACACCUUACCUGCCCAAAUACCUUUCCAACAAGAUACAUGUAGGUUCACUCUCACACAAGCCCAGAGAUCUGGAGAGAAUAGGCCUGUUAGAGUCAAGCCAUGCCCUUUGCCUGGUUCAAAGCAUAACUGUAAACAUUUGGAUCUUCAAUUAGGGUUGAGCUUGCAUUCCAACAUCCAAAACAAGUCUAGAAGUGGGAUAUAAUUGCAUAUAUAUAUAUGUAUAUGCCAAUUUAGGCACAAAAUGGUAAUAUCCUUCCUAGUUUAAAUUCUUUCAUAAGUCUCCCAAAACAUGGAAAAUUUUUAUGGAUCUAAGAAGUUCAUCACAGGAUGAAAAAACUUGUUCCUUGAUCGAAUAUAUAUAUAGCUGAGCGAUCCCGUUACAUCUGUGCCACCACUUAUAUAUAGCUCUUUUUUCAUCAUACACACAGUACACACACCGGUUUCAUUUACACCAGCCAUGAAUAUAUAUGAAGAAGAGCGUUAUCGUGCUUCUUAUAAGUCCAUUCCAGGUAGUCCAUUCCUGGGGUGUGAAGCCGGUGAAAGACAGCGUGAAGUUUAGCAGUUUGAUUUGGAUGGAAGCCAUGGCCUCAACUUCAUUUCCUGACAAUUUAUAUAUUUUUGAUGUAUUAGCACUGAUUGAAAAUUGUUUGAUUAGGCUACUUCUAUUUAUCAAUAAACCAUAUAUAGUCCACAGAAUCUUUCAUUUCAACCAUGAUUGAUAACUAAAAA